UCUCUCCCAUCUUUUCUUUGUGGAAACACCACCAAUCUUCCUCUUCUUCUCUCAUAUUCUUAGGUUUCUUCAGCUUUUUAAGUUUUAAGGUUGAUCUGAUCAAAACCCUUAAUUCUCUCGACCAAGAUCAUGCUUAGCAAAAGAACCCACCCCAUGAUCGGAAAAAUAUCUGAGCUCCUCGUCGGCGUGAACCGAUCUGCGGCCGCGGCGACUCCGUUCUUUGACGUCUUGAUGACAAGCCCUAAAAGCCCACUUGACUUCAAGAUUCUCCCACAAAUAUCUCAAAGAAACAGCUCAAAGAGAUUCUACGAUGACAACCUUGGUGGGUCUGUUGGGCUAGGGAUUGUAGCCGCACUCGAGAACUCAACCACUCGUCUAAUCACUAGAUCGGAACCGAACCAACCCAACCGGUCUGAUCCUGUCCAGUUCAUGAGCCAUGAACGAAGCACGGACGAAGAAGAAGACGAGGAGAUGUUCAUAAUGGACGAGGAGGAUUAUACGUUGGUAACGUGUCACCAUGCUCCUAGUGGAUCUUGUAGUACAAGGGUUUAUGACAGAGAUGGGUUUGAGUGUUUCGCAAGUAAGAUCAACGAGGAUCGUCGUGAGAGACUUUUCGUGGUCGAUGUGGGUACGGAAUCUCCUGAGAACUCGCCGGAGUUGAAGGGUUUGGGUUUCCUCAGUUCUUGUUACUUAUGUAGGAAGAAACUUCACGGUCAGGACAUAUUUAUUUAUAGAGGAGAAAAGGCCUUUUGCAGCUCAGAAUGUCGAUCGAGUCAUAUAGCAAAUGUUGAAAGGAAAGAGAGAUGUAGAUCGAAGUUCUCAACCUCUCCAUACACCGCUGGCCAAAUUUUCUCCUCCGGAGUUCUAGUGACUUAGCCGGAGUUCUACUGAGUAUACAUAUAUAUGGGGGAUCAGGGGUAAAUAAAAUAAGUACGCAUACAACAUAUGCGGAUGAAAUAAAUUAGCAUAUAUAAGAUAAUAUGACAUGUAUGUCUAUAUAAAUGAUAUAUGGUGGGAAUGUAACAACAUGAAAAAUUUUGUGAGGAGGGAGGGGGGAGAGAGGGGGUUAAUGAUAGUAGAGAGAGCUAGUUCUUGAUCGUUGAACAUGGCGAGAAAUGGAAUAAUGCUCUUGUUUGUUUUGGUUAUUGUUUUUGUAUUCUAUGGUAUUUAACUUAUUUAAAUAA